CUUCUCUUCAUCUCCUUUCAUCACUCUUGCUCAUAUUCUCUCUCUAAAGCACACUACUCCGGAAAGCAGCAAAAGCAAUUGAUCAACUCCACCACCCACCUCGACCGAUCAUAAGGAACCCUAUUCGAUUCACCGUCACCUUCUCGCUUUUCCCACCGUCGUCUCUCUGUACCCUUCCCUGCUUCUUCCAUGGCGGUCGGUGGCGGUGGAGGCCCACCGCCGGGGCCGCCACCGCAGCGGAUGGUGCGGAGGCUGGCCGUGGAGGUGGUGGACGCGAGGGACCUCGUGCCCAAGGAUGGGCUCGGCACGUCCAGCGCCUACGCGGUCGUGGACUUCGACGGCCAGCGGAAGCGCACGCGCACCGUGCCGCGGGACCUCAACCCGCAGUGGCACGAGCGCAUCGAGUUCGCCGUGCUCGACCCCGCGAACAUGCACGCCGAGACGCUCGAUGUCUCGCUCUACCACGACCGCCGCUUCAACCCCUCCAGCGGCGGCGGCGGCGGGGGAGGCGGCAAGGACCACUUCCUCGGCCGCGUCCGCAUCUACGGCUCCCAGUUCUCGCGCCGCGGGGAGGAGGGGAUCGUCUACUUCCCGCUUGAGAAGCGCAGCCUGCUCAGCUAUAUUCGCGGCGAGGUGGGGCUCAAGAUUUACUACUACGACGAAUCGGCCGAGCAACCGCCCCCGGAGGACAGGCCGCCGGAGCCGGCGGACAACGCACCGCCGCCGGAAGUCCCUCCGGAAGCGCCGAAAGAGUGGGAAGAGAUGCCCGCACCGACCGAAGCCGCCGUCGAGGUGCAGCAGCCGUCGGCGCAACCUCCAAUUAUUAUCGUGGAGGAAGCGCCCGUGCACCCCACGAUGAUGCCGCCGAUGCACGGGCCGUACGGCCCGAUGACGCCGCAGAUGCAUGGGCCGCACGGCCCGAUGACGCCGCCGGUGCACGGGCCGCACGGGCCAUUGACGCCGCCAGUGCACGGGCCGCACGGGCCAAUGACGCCGCCGCCACCAGAGCCGCAGCCAGAGCCGGAGGCCGGUGACCCGUACCCUCCUGAGGUGCGCAAGACGCCGAUGGCGUCGAGCACGGAACGCGUCCGCGUCGCGCGCCACCCGAGCGGCGGCUUGGGCCCGGACUACUACGCCUCCUCUCCGCGCGUCAUCUCUGGGCGGUUCGUGUCCACCGGCGAGGCCGUCGAGCCGGUGCAGUCGUCGUCGUACGACCUGGUGGAGCCAAUGCGUUACCUCUUCGUGCGCGUCGUGAGGGUGCGCGGCAUCCGCGCCUGCGAGGGACCAUACGUCAAGGUCCAGGCCGGCCCGCACUCACUCCGGUCGCGCCCCGGCCGCGACGUCUCCGGCACCGGCAACCCCGAGUGGAACCAGGUGUUCGCCAUCAGCCACGCCAAGCCGGAACCGACGCUGGAGAUCUCCGUGUGGGACGGCGGGGCGCCCUCCCCCGCCGACGCUUUCCUCGGCGGCGUCUGCUUCGACCUCUCCGACGUGCCCGUCCGCGACCAGCCGGAUGGCCCGCUGGCGCCGCAGUGGUACAGGCUUGAGGGUGGGGAGCCGGGCAUGGUGACGGGGGACAUCAUGGUGGCGGUGUGGAUCGGCACGCAGGCUGACGACGCGUUCCUGGAGGCGUGGAACACCGAUGUACCGUACGCCGCGUACACGCGCUCCAAGGUGUACCAGUCGCCCAAGCUCUGGUACCUGCGCGCGUCGGUCAUCGAGGCGCAGGACCUUCGCGUGCCGGCGCCGCCACCAGGGCUGCCGUUCGACGUGCGCGUGAAGAUACAGCUCGGCUUCCAGUCCGCACGGACGCGCCGGUCCGUGGCUAGCAGCAGCGGCUCAGCGUUCGCGUGGUCCGAGUCCGAGGACCUCAUGUUCGUCGCGUCCGAGCCGCUAGACGAUAGCCUGAUCGUGCUCGUCGAGGACCGGUCCAUGAUCAAGGAGCCCGCUUUGCUAGGCCACACCACCAUCCCGGUGAUCUCCGUCGAGCGGCGCCUCGACGAGCGGCAGAUCGUCGCGUCGACAUGGUUCAACCUCGAAGGCGGGUCGUCGGGCAUCGGCAUGGGCCCCGGCAAUGCUGGUGGCCCACCGGGCUUCUACUCCGGCCGGCUGCACCUCCGGCUCUGCCUGGAAGGCGGGUACCACGUGCUCGACGAGGCAGCGCACGUGUGCAGCGACUACCGUUCGACGGCGAAGCAGCUGUGGAAGCCCCCGGUGGGUGUGCUGGAGCUGGGCAUCAUUGGGGCGUGCGGCUUGCUUCCGAUGAAGACGAAGGGAGGCGCCAAGGGGUCGACGGACGCGUACUGCGUGGCCAAGUACGGCAAGAAGUGGGUACGCACGCGCACCGUCUCCGACAGCCUAAACCCGCGGUGGAACGAGCAGUACACGUGGCAGGUGUACGACCCCUGCACGGUGCUCACGGUGGCCGUGUUCGACAACUGGCGCAUGUUCGCCGGCGACGGCGAUGAGCGGCAGGACUACCACAUCGGGAAGGUGCGAGUGCGCGUGUCCACGCUAGAGAGCAACCGGGCGUACACGGCGUCGUACCCGCUGCUGGUGCUGCUGCGGUCGGGGCUGAAGAAGAUGGGCGAGGUGCAGCUCGCCGUGCGGUUCUCGUCGCCGGCGCAGCUGCCGGAUACGUGGGUCACGUACAUGUCGCCGCUACUGCCGCGCAUGCACUACCUGCUCCCGAUCGGCGUCGCGCAGCAGGAGGCGCUGCGGGGCGCGGCCGUGCGCACUGUGGCUACGUGGCUGGCGCGCUCCGAGCCCCCGCUCGGGCCUGAGGUGGUGCGGUACAUGCUCGACGCGGACGCGCACACGUGGAGCGUGCGCCGCGCCAAGGCUAAUUGGUUCCGCAUCAUGGGGGUGCUCGCCUGGGCCGUCGGGCUUGCGCGGUGGCUGGAAGGCGUGCGGCGGUGGCGCAACCGGUCCACCACCGUCCUCGUCCACGCGCUCUACCUCGUUCUCGUCUGGUACCCGGAGAUGGUCGUGCCCACGGCGUCGCUGUACGUGUUCGUGAUCGGCGUGUGGUACUACCGGUUCCGUCCCCGGGGCCCCGCUGGCAUGGACGCGCGGCUGUCGCAGGCGGACACUGUAGACGGCGACGAGCUCGACGAGGAGUUCGACCCCGUCCCAGCGCCCGACGUGCUCCGGGUGCGGUACGAGAGGCUGCGGACGCUGGCCAGCCGGGUGCAGCGCGUCAUGGGCGACGUCGCGGCGCAGGGCGAGCGGCUGCAGGCGCUGGUGAGCUGGAGGGAUCCGCGCGCCAGCCGGAUCUUCGUGGGCGUGUGCCUCGCCGUCGCCGUGGCGAUGUACGCCAUGCCGCCGAAGAUGGUUGCCGUGGCGAGCGGGUUCUACUACCUGCGGCACCCGAUGUUCCGGGACCCGAUGCCGCCAGCGGCCGUCAACUUCUUCCGCCGGCUGCCGAGCCUCUCGGACCGGAUGCUUUGACAUUGGUGCCAGUGAGAGGUAUAAAAGAGGGACCGAGUUCUUUUUUCCUUCCACCUAUUGUUUUCGUUCAUUUUGCUGUAAUAAUGAGUGUAUCGGAGAGGAUAGAAAUGAAAAAAUUGAGAUUGGUGUAUUCAUAAGCAUAUAUAGAUACAUCCCAAGAUGAACAUGAAGAUAGUAAACUAA